AUGUAUGUACAACUUGUAUCUAUUUCAAUGUUGUAUUUUAUUAUUUGGAUACCAUUUGUCACUAUAUCACUUAUUCGUCUAUUUUAUGAUCCAUUAUUUUUACAAGAUGCGAUAAUGCUUGUAAUUAAUUAUUGUCUUUAUAUAUGUCCACUUGCUUCACCAUUUAUUGCUCUUGUUGGUUUGCCAGCGGUACAACAACGUUUACGAACAAAUAAUUGGAGUAUGCUAUGGAAUAAUCAUGUUAUUCAAACUCGUAUUAGACCAACAGGAACAAAAAAUACACGAGUUGAACAGCAGCGUACUGUACCACAUCGACAAUAUGACGAACAUAGUUUGUGA